CGUUCACAUGCGCAUUGAGAGCAGUGUUUGUUUACCACCGAUGGUUGCGAGUCUUUGAAGUUCUCGGGUUUGGCUUCGAAAGCACCCGCCGCGAGUCGGAGCCUGAGCCGCCCCCGACCGAGCUGCCGUUCAGUCGGGGAGCCGAGGCGUCGCCUGUCCCUUCACCGAGGCCCCAGCCACCCGUCUUCGGUGACCGGGGCCUGAGCUGCCGUACGGUCCGGCACUCGAGGCGUCCGCUGUCCCUUCGGCUAGGCCCGGCCGCCAGUUCCGUGACCGGGGCCCGAGCCGGCCGGACCAGACGGCGGGGCGUGGAGAUGGACGAAAGUAAGGCAAUGGGAGGUAAAGUGAAGAAACCGGGAAAGCGGGGGCGUAAACCUGCGAAAAUUGAUUUAAAGGCAAAGCUUGAAAGAAGUCGCCAGAGUGCUCGAGAAUGCCGGGCAAGGAAGAAGUUGCGCUAUCAAUAUUUGGAAGAACUUGUAUCUAGAAGAGAAAGAGCAAUUUGCGCUCUGAGAGAAGAGCUGGAGAUGUACAAGCAAUGGUGUACAGCAAUGGAUCAAGGGAAGAUUCCAUCAGAAAUAAAAGCACUUUUGACAGGGGAUGAUCAGAGCAAAGCACAACAGUCUACAAACAAGUCAGGAAAGACAAGAACUGAAGGAAAUACCAAUUUGUCUUAAGAAUUACCUGAGAAUGGUGGCAUGGGAAGGACGUGCAGAAUCAAUCCAUGGUCCUGCAGUUUAACCAAUAUUGUGUUAAAUGGACAAAUUAUCAGAAGAUAAAUUGAUUGCAUCCUUUGUCUGAGUUCUGACAAUGCUGUAUAUCUGUAAAUCAAAAUGUAAAUUAUGUAUCCUGGUAAGGGGUUCUUUUGUAUUAUAUUAUUCAUUUAAAAGCAAAUUUAAAUUGUCAAUUGAGUGUUUUGAUGCAUGUGUUGCUUUUAGCAAUCAAUUAGAAAGGGGUUUUAAUAAACCUUUUGCAUCUUUUUACCAAGUCAGUUUCCCACGUUUCAACAAACCAAACACAGCUGAUGCUUCUUACAUUUUGCUCCCUCCUUUGCUCCUUUUCCACACACUUCUUCUCUUUACCCUUGUCAAGAAAAAGGGUUAAAUCUUUCAUUUUGCUUUUAAAGAAGUUUAUCUUUAAAGUCAAACUGCUUUUGAGGCCAACAUGUUGCUAUAAAAAUAUUUUUCACAAAGCUAUAAAAAUUUAUUUUGUCUUGUUACCUAAAAGCUGUUAAACUAAUGUUAAAAUGUUAAACUAAUCUUCAGUAGAAUAUUCUUGAAAUAACCAAAUAGUAUAUGUGUGCUGUCAUGGUUUACAUCCAGUGACAUCACCAGAUACUUUCUCCUAUAUUAACCAAAGAAAUGAUGUACAUGUUGCAUUUCAACAGCUAAUUACUUAUUUUCCACAUCUAUUUGUGGUAUUUACAAUGUGGUACUGCUACAAAUGAUAAGAAAAAAUGAAAGAGAUAUGUUAUCUGGAAUGACUACACAAAAUUAUUUGCUAGUAACAUUUCCUCUUUUCUUCCAACAUUAUAGAUCAGUGUUGACUGUACUGUGCAGAAUUUCCAAUUCAUUAAUAGUUUUCCAAUCACAACAGUAUGUUAACUUCCACUCGGUUCAAUACAUGUGUUACCAGUAUGAUAAUAUUCCAGUCAUGAACUCUGAUUUAAUAUUUAUCAACCUAUAUUUUGCUGCAGCGUGCCCUGUUAAAUUUGUUCAGAUAUGUUUUGAAAUUUAUUCCAGUAAUUUACUGAAGGCAUGAUGAUCUCUCAAGGCAGUGAAUCAAAGAGAAUCCUUUUAACCAGUGAGAUUAAAGGAUUGGGCAAGAGACUGAAUUGGAAUUGGAUUAAUUUGAUCUGAAGGGGAAAGUUGUGUACUGAUUGGAUCAUUAACUUGCACAAAGAUGUGGUUGUUUAAUGCCAUCUCAGUCCAAGGGUUGAUGUGAAGGCUACUCUGGGGUGGGGGGUGGAGGGGGAGGGGAUCUUAGACCCAACUGUUCCUUCAGUAAUCUUACCUUAAGGUCUGAAGUGCAAAUGUUCAAUGUUUUCAUCAGCCAAUGAUUUUCAAUUUCAUUUGUAACUCAAUUAAGCUCAUGGUUGGAUGAAACAUUCCCUGGUUAAUAUUCAAUCAUGGAUUUAUGGGCAACAGUGAAUGGCAAUCAACAAUCUGAACAAUGAAUGGCAGUUAGUAACAUCCUUAAUGAAACUGUAACCAACCAGCAUUGAAAUUUAACACCAUUGCUGUCUAAAUGUAUCUGCCUUAAACAUCUUGUGGAAUUUGGGGAGCUGUUCACAUUGAUCAGAAGCUCAACAAAACUAGCCAUAGAAAAACUGUGGUCAUAAAAGCAAGAGUCGCCACUUGAGUCCUAAAGUCUUUUAACUAGAAGACAGAAAUAGAGUGAGUGAAGUAUCCUCUAAUUUCCUGAAUUUCUAGGACAGGGGUUCCUAACCUGGGAUCCAUGGACUCUUUUUUUUAAAUGGUAUUGAUCCAUAGAAUUAAAAGUGUUGGGAGCCCCUAUUCUAAGAGUUUCACACAA